AUGGCAAAUUUUAAUCCUUUAAACGCUAUAAAGGAUAUUAAUUUGAAUCCUUUGAAUUUGAAUCUCAACCCUUUGAAUGUUGACUUUCAAGGUCAUAGAGAUCGUAUAGUUAACUUUUUCCAACAUGGUACUGAUGAUUUAAAUCAAAGAAUGCAGUCAGUAGUAACAAAUAUAAGAUCAAAUGAUUAUAAGAAAAAGAUGCAUAAAGUAUUGACAAAGAUAAAAGAUACAAAAGAAUACAAAGCAACAUCGAUGGCAGAUUACGAUGUAAUUUUUGAAUCGGUCGAUAUGUAUUCUAAUUUACAAUCCGAUCCAACGUUGGAUCGAGACGAUAUUGUUUUGGACAAGAAUAUCAAGACGUGGAAGAUGAGAUUCCAUCAUUGGUUGAAAAAGGAGCGUAUCUCGACACUACUCUUUAUCCCUAUACUCGGUAUCACCAUUGCUUUGAUGGGUAUGGCAUGUGAUAUGGCACUGAAAGAGUUGGAUGCUCUGCGACGAUACUUGUUGCCGGCAGUACACACUGGCGUCAAAUACAACUUGUACGACGCACUUAUAUUCGUUGCCUAUUCGGUGACACUGUCAUUUGUGUCGGUAUCGUGUAUUAGUUUUAUAUCGCCGUAUGCGGUGGGUUCCGGUAUCCCAGAGAUCAAGUCGAUUCUGUCAGGUAUCAAUUUGUCGCGUGUCUUGGGUGUCAAAACACUCGUCUCCAAGUUGUUGGGUAUGGUGUGUGCGACAGCCGCCGGUUUGACUAUCGGUCGUACCGGUCCGUUUAUGCAUGCGUCUGCUAUUAUCGCGCAGCAAAUGAUGGGACUGCGUUUCUUUUCAAAUAUUAAAAAGAAUCAGAUUGUGCGCUACCAAAUGUUUAUCUGUGCGUUGGCGAGUGGUGUAGUAGCCAAUUUCGGUGCACCCAUUGGUGGUCUACUCUUUGCGAUCGAGGUGACGGCGACCAACUGCAUUUUUGGCAACUUGUGGAAAGGGUUUUUGUGCGCGACGACCACUGCCAUCAUCUUUUACCUCUCGCGUCCCUUGGUUGGCAUCGAAGCAUUCUCGUCACUCUACCAUUUCAACUAUAACCCCACACCGUACGGGUACCCCGAGCUCAUCAGUUUUGUCAUUAUUGGUAUCAUCACCGGACUCAUUGGCGCACUCUUUGUAUUUCUCUAUGAAAAGAUUGUGCGGUUCCGUCUGCGUUAUGCUUUUCUCAAGCAGUCUCGUAUCGGUCUCGUCGUAGUUGUCUCUGCCCUCUCUGCUGCUCUUACAUACAUGGCCGGACCACUUGCCCGUCAGCCAUUCUCAUACUGCAUGAAACAAUUCAUCAACGAAGAGGAGCCUGUACCCUACCUAUUCCCAGUGGGCGACGGUCACCCCUACGAAAACCGUUUCUACAAUCUCUUGGUCUACAUUGGUGUCAAGCUCUUCCUCACCGUCUUUAACAUCACCAUCCCCAUUCCAGGUGGUGCCAUCACACCCUUUAUUGUCAGUGGUGCGGCACUUGGUCGUCUGUUUGGUGAACUUUUACAUUACCAUCUCAACCUCUCUGCCAUUCUCCCCGCCGGUUAUGCAGUCAUUGGUUCUGCUGGUCUAGUCUCUGGUACCAUUCGUGCUCUUUCCCCAUCUAUUUUUGUUUUAGAAUUAACUGGUCAAUUAAGUUUAUUAAUUCCUGUAUUAAUUUGUUCAAUUACAGCAACAGCAGUUGGAAAUUUCUUUAACAAACCAUUAUUUGAUACUGCAUUAAAGAUUCAAGGUUUACCAUUUUUAUCAAGUUAUAGAAGUGAAAGGGUUUAUUCAAUGACAGCAAAAGAGAUUAUGAGAUCAGAUAUUAACUUUUUAUCGAUGCAUUCAACUGUCAAACAAGUACUUGCAUUUUUGGAGAAAUAUAGAUAUACUUUUAUUCCAGUUGUCGAUACCAACAAGAAUAUGUUAUUAUUGGGUAUCGUUGAAAGAUCGAGUAUGCGUGAAUUGAUUGAAACUCAUAUUGAAAAUGUAGAAGAUGCAUUAUCAAAGAUUCAUAGCAAUGGUAUUAUUAUCGAUAAUACUACUAUUGGUCAAAAUAAUAUUAAUAAUCAAGAACACGAUAAAUUGAUAGAUAAUUCAUCCAUUUUAAUAUCACAUCCAACAACAAAUACAGAUCAUAAUAAUAAUAAUAAUAGAAAUAACAACAAACGAAAUCAACAAGAUAAACAAUCAUUAUUAUCAAGUCAAGAUGAUGAUGAUGAUGAUGAUGAAGAAGAAGAGGAAAAUGAAGAAGAUUAUGAAAAUGUUAAAUUAAAACAAGAUGAUGACGAUGGUGAUGUUGGUAGCAGUAGUAGUAUUGACCAAGAUAAUAUUGAAAUGGAAAAUCUAAGAAGAAGACAUGCUACUGAUAAUCAAGAUAUUAAUGAAAUUCAACAAGAUAAUAAUAAUAAUAACGCAAAUAAUAAUAAUAAUAAUAAUAAUAAUGGACAACAAUUUAUAACAAUUAAUGAUCAAGUUGGAGUAAAUGGAGCAGAGGAAGAGGAAACAUCAAAAUAUAUAGCAGAAUCUGUUUGGGCAGAUCACAUGUUGGGAGAUAUCAUUGAAAGUGGAGAGACAGCAUUAUUGAUGGAUUUGGCACCAAGUCAAAUUCCAGAUCUCACACCAAUGAACAAGGUGUUCCAUUUAUUCACCAUGUUGGGUCUCUCUUUCACCUAUGUUACAUCUAUGGGUAAAUUGGUUGGUGUCAUUACCAAAACUGAUCUUAUCUCUAAAGAAUUAUAA